AUGCAGAGCGAUUACUUCGGCGCGGCUACAGAGCCAGAAAACGGUCGAGUCCAUUCCCGUCCCGACUCGCCUACGCCCUCGGGCCCCGCACGCAAAAUACAGAAGCGCAAUUCGAUCGCUUCCAAUGGAUCCAACGAGGAGAUCAAGCGUGAUGACGAUGACGGCGCUGCAGGCGAUGCAUCUAUCGAUGCCGCCGGCGGUCCAGUGCCAAGCGGCCCCCCCUUCAUCUGCCCCACUUGCUCCACCAGCUAUUCUCGACUCGAGUAUCUCCGGCGUCACGAAAGAAGGCAUGCCGACAUUCGCCCUUUCGUCUGCGACUGUGGAAAGGGUUUCUCCAGAAGCGACGUGCUUUCUCGUCACAAGCGACAAUGUCGGGUCGUUCUCCAGCUUGACGGCUCUGGCGAAGCCGAAAAGCCCGUAGAGGGAGAAUCGCCACCCAAAGCCACCAAGCCCCGUCGGUCCUCCUCCACCGCAAAACCCGGCAGGCCAAAAGGCUCCACCAAAGCCGCCAAAGCGGCUGCCGUCGCUGCCAAUCAUGCUACCAAUGGCAACGGUAAUGGAGACUUUGCCAGCGCAGACAAUGCCGCGCACACUACUUCGAGUGUCGCCGGCUCGGAUGGCGCAGAUGGUCCUGCGCCACCGCCUCCGGCGCCUCACUCGCACCAGCUCACCCACGACGCCAUCGCCGUCGCGGCAGCAGCGGCAGCGGCGGCGGCAGCAGCCGGCCACCAUCCCGUCGGGGGCCAGGCCCAAGACGAUGAUGCUUCCGCCAUGAUUGAUCCUGCCAUUGCCGCCGACUCGCAGGCACAAGCGGCUGCGGCCGCCACCACCGUGGCUGCCAUCAGCUCUGUGGCCGCGUAUCAAUAUGCCAACUCGAUGGACCCUCCGGAUUUUCAUAUGGGGAGGGGAGCAACUAACCCGUACGCUUCGACUCCCUUCCCGCUUCCCGUUCACUCGGCGGUAGCAGCGCUCCACCCCCAGCUCUACCAACCCUCCAGCCCCGAGUCGAACCAGCCGAGAAGCGAGCACGGCAGCCCACGCUACAGCUCACAAAGCCUCGCACGCCACGGCAGCAAUUCAGGCUCCCGCUACUUGCGGCAGCCGCCCAACUACGACGCCUAUGCACCCAGGCAAGCCUCGUCAUAUGUCAAUCCUGCCGACGCCGCCAUAUGGGAGGGUCUCGAUACCGCCAAGCUGCCCUCUCCCGGCCAUGCGGCAGUAACGACGCCAGGCUCAUCCGCACGUGCUACUGCCAACAUGCUCGCGUCGCUAGGCUUCCCCGUCACUUCUCCCAUGAGCCACCUCGCCGACCGUUCACGUACCGGAUCGCAUCUCGGCUCCGACGCAAGCUACUUCCGCUCCACGGCGCCCGGCCUUUCCGGUGGCGUCGUCGGUGGACAGGCCGGAUACGGCUCCAACAGCGCCAGCAGCCCGGCCUUUUCAUUUGGCACCUCUGCAUCGUCCGGCGACACCGGAGCAUCGUCAUCGAGCCACUCGGCCUCGAAUGCCACAGCGGUCACGAGCACCUCACAGGGGCAAGAGCCUUCCGGAGCGACCACGCCCAAAGAGCCUGUGCGCUUCUCUGUGUCGACGCUCGGUCCGCUCUCGCCUUUUUCCAAUACAGCGCUCAAUUCGUCCAUGUCGCCGUAUCUGUCCGCCUUUUCCAACGCGCGUGAUACGCCGCUCGUCUCCAGUCCGCGCUCGCAGUUCCCCACCACACCCGGCGGAAGCCUCACGUCGCUCGACCUGGGCGGACAGUGGGCCGGCAUGCGCCCUCCUUCACGCACAGUCAGCCGGCACAACAGCUUGCAGGGCAUCAACAUCUCGAGCCAGAGCACCUCACCCCAAUCCGAAGGAAUUUCAGCCUCGAGCAAGCUGGGCAAAAGCUCGUCGAGCGAUAAGUUGAGUCUGUCUGACAGGACAGACCUCACCGAUAGUCACGACUCGAAACCGGCCGCUUCGACUGGUGCUGCUGCUACACCAUCGGCGUCAAGAUCGACGACGUCAGCGACCACAGCAGCCGAGGUGUCUGCAACGUCUUCCACAUCAACUACCUCUGCGGCGUCUGUGCCUUCGACCACCACCUCAGGCGAUACUGGUGCAAUCACCACGUCGGCACCCGUACAGAUCAGCAACGGCGGUAUCGAUACGCCGAGCCGCUUUGUUAAGAACGAGUCGCAGCAGUAUUUUGAUGGAGGGGCUCUCACGCCAGGACCCGAAGCUUUCCUUUUGAGGCUUCAGGGUGGCGUACAGGAGUUGAGAGCCGGGAUCCACGGAAGCGAAAUCUCCUUUUUCAACAGCAUGGCGCUCAGUUCGGCACCGCUCGGCGCGUCUCAGUUUUCCACCCCGAACUGGGAUCACUCGAUGUUUUCCAACCCCAGUGCCGGCAGCGUCGCCGCGGCCGCAGCCAGCAGCGGCACGCCUGGUGCGCAGUUGAGUGCGCUGGGCUGGCUCAUGAGUCCCAGCAUCCAGCAGCUGCUGAAUGCCUUUUCGACCACAUCGGGAUCGGGCACCGUCGACACCACCAACACGUCCGACUACUUCAACUCGAAAAAUGUCGCUGCUACUGCGCCCGAGAGUAUCGAUCUCGACUCGAUGGGGUUGAGCGUACUGCCGAGCCCGCUGGAAAAGGCGCUCACGGACACGAGGAAUCCGUUUUUCAUUCCAGCCGAGAUGUUCCGGCCGUGCUACUCGAUCCAGCACUGGAGCCUGCCGCCGAUCACGCGUCUCAGCGUGCUUGCUCUGCACGCUCAGCAGAACUUGCUCAAGCACUUCCCCGUGAUGCACGAGCCCACCUUCCGCAUCACGACGAUCCCGGGCUGUCUUGCCUUUACCAUUUGCAUGCUCGGCGGGCACGAGGCGGGGCGCAAGUGGUGGGCGGGCGAAGAGGUAGUCCCCAAAUCGGCGAUCAACAUCAUCAACAGCCAUGGCGCACCUGAAGAACCCGCCAACGAACUGCAGCGUGUGAUGGACACGGGGCCGAGCCGCUACAUUGACGAGGAAGAUGGGCAAGAGCUGGUGAAGCCGAUUGUAAUGAGCGAUAAGUCCGAGAUGCUGAUGCGCACGUUUGCGAAUCGGUGCAAGAGCGUCAAGGACAAGUGCGCGGUGGUGCAGUCGCUCAUGCUGUUUCAGAGCAACAACUUCCUCAGCAGUGAUCCUACCACGCGCAUGGUGGCCGGCGUCUCACACGGCUCCGUGGUGACUCUGGCCCGACAGGCGGGGCUGUUUGAUUCGGACGCCGAGCACGCUCAGCGCGGCGCACCCUCGCCCGAAGAAGUGGUGCAACAGGUUAUGUUCGAGUCGGUGGGCAUGUGCUUCUCGUGCUCUUUCUCGCCAUCGUACGGCGAUGAGAAGGAGCAAGACGACCAGGUGUGGCGGCGAUGGGCCGAGUUGGAAGGACGCAGAAGAAGUGCGUUUGUGAUCUACACAACGGACACGGUGGCGCAUCUGGAUGCGGCGGUGCCAACGCUGUUGGCGACGAAAGAAGUGGCGCAUCUGCCGCUGCCGAGCCCAGACCACGUCUGGCGUGCGCCGACGGCAACAAGCUGGCGCACAGCCCUGGACAAGCACCAUGGCCUCACACUGGACGAAGCUCUGCAGCAGCUGCUUUCUCCCGAAUCGGGUUCCUCGCUACCGCGAGAGGCGCCAGGGCAGCCAUCGCUGCACGGCGCGCACGGACCUUUCGCUCGACUGGUGAUGGUGCUGGCGCUGCUGCGGGGCAUCAUCGAGAUGCUCGAAGGUCGAGCGACGAGGGUGGCCAAACCUUCAUCGCUGAGCUGGUGGAUGAAGCGUGCCGGUGCAUCGAGCAACGGUACAGCGACAGGCAACGAUGCUCAGGUGGGGCUGUACAAGAAGGCGCUGGCGCGUUGGCGCAAUGCAUGGGAUCAGGACCCGACGUGUCGGUUCGCAUCGGCCAAGAAGCCGACGACGACGACGACGACGGAGCAAGACGAAAUGGACGUCACGGAGGAGGAUGCAAAGGUCAACUGGAUUGCUUCGGCUGCGGCCGGCAAACACGACUGGCCCGAGGAGCUGCAGCGAACGCUCUUCACGCCGCUGACUGCGUCUGGCGCAACGCCACUGUCGAACGAUGCGCUACCAAUGUACUGGCUGGCUCACGUGCUUGUGACGCAUGCUGCCUCCAACCAGCGUCUUCCGCUGCGCAGCGCCGAGGGCAGAAUGGGGGCCACAAGCAAGAAUGGUGGCUACGAGGUGGUCAGCGGCGGGCCCGAUAUGCCUGAUUUCCGCGCCAUGCUGCGGUUCGCCAAGAACUUUGUCACGCGCGGUGAAAAGUGA